AUGUCCGCGGCAGCAGGAGCGUUCAGACGAUUUCUAAACAGCGAAACGGGUCCUAAAACAGUCCACUUUUGGGCCCCGACCCUCAAGUGGAGUCUUGUGUUUGCAGGUCUCAGCGAUCUAAGGCGGCCCGUCGAGACCGUUUCCGGGACCCAGAAUCUGUCCCUGAUGGCGACCGCGCUCAUUUGGACGCGGUGGUCCUUCGUGAUCCGGCCCAAGAACAUGCUUCUUGCUUCCGUCAAUUUCUUCCUCGGGUGCACCGCUGGGUACCAGCUUACGCGUAUCACGCGAUUCCGCCUCGCGGAGGGCGACUCUCUCCCGCAACUCGCAGACUAUCUCAUCAACGGACCCCGCAAAGCGGUGUCUGGUGGUGAGGACGGCCACAGCGGAUCGUCCAAUGGUCCCAACUCUUCUGCAUCGGGAGGCGACGCGCUGGAUCGCGACGACGACCGCAUCCACAAAGUGCAAGGCGGCAACGUGGGCCGUGGCACUUUAGGCCACGGCUCGCCUGCGUGA